CUCCUCAGGAGCUGGCAGGGAAAGACAAGUGUACCCAGGCAGGGAUCAAGCAGCCACAGGAAGCACGGGAGGAGCCAAGCCUGCAGCGCGCUGCCAAACGCGCCUCUCCAGCGCGACGCCGGAACCCACACGGAAACCUAUACCCACAGGGAUUUAACAAGGGCGGCGCAGGGAAGGCUCGAGCCUCCACGUGGAGCGGGCCUAGAAAAAGGCAGCGGCGGGCCCUCCCCAGAGCUGAGGCGGCCACACCAUCCGUCCCCUCCCUCCCGGAGGCGCUCACCUGGUGCAGGAGCAGUUGUUUCUUCAGGGGGCUCAUCUCAAAGUAUAGCUUAAAAAAGCUUUGCAAAGUGGAAGAAAAUGUCGCAUAAAAGCUCUAAGGUAAUCAAGAGAGUAAACGUUUCUAGCUCCUUGGAAUCUGAGGAUAUCAGCUUGGAAACCACAGUACCAACUGAUGAUGUCUCCUCCUCUGAAGAGAAAGAAGGUACUGUAAAAAUCACUAAGCAGCUGAUUGAACGGAAGGAGUUGCUCCAUAAUCUUCAGUUGCUUAAAAUAGAAUUAUCGCAAAAAAACUUGAUGAUUGACAACUUGAAAGUUGAGUACUUGACCAAGAUUGAGGAGCUAGAGGAGAAGCUUAAUGAUGCAGUCCAUCAAAAACAGCUGUUGUCUCUACGACUGGAUAGUCAGUUGGCAUUACAGCAAGAAGAUGCCAGGAAACAUCAAGCUCUAAUGAAGCAAGAAAUGGAAACUAUUUUAUUGAGACAGAAGCAACUGGAGGAGACAAAUCAUCAGUUGAGAGAGAGGGCUGGAGAUAUCCGUCGUAGCUUACGAGACUUGGAAUUAACAGAUGAAUGCUAUGAGAAGCUAAAGUCCCUUCCUGAAGAUCAGCUUUCUAUCCCUGAAUAUAUUUCAGUCCAAUUCUAUGAAGUAGUCCAUUCCUUAAAAAGAGAGCUAAGUGAUCUACAGAUGAAAAAGGAGAGUCUAACAGAAGAACUAAGUGGGUACAGAUCCCAGCUGAAGAGUCUGACAGAGAGCUAUGAAGAUGAGAGGAGAUGUCGGUCAGAGCUUGAGGUCAGAUGCCAGCGUUUAACACUGGAACUGGCUGAUACCAAGCAGUUGAUUCAGCAAGGUGAUUACAGACAACAGAACUAUGAUAAAGUAAAAUGUGAACGUGAUGUAUUUGAGCAUGAAUUGUUACAACUCAGAAGAAACUAUGAAAUACUGGAGGUGUCAUACAAAACACAAACUGAAGAAAGAAAUGACUUAGCAAAAGAGCUGGCAACCGUACAACAAUCCCUCAACUUGUUGCAAAAAGAUAAAGAUUAUCUUAAUCGCCAGAACAUGGAGCUUAGUGUUCGCUGUGCACAUGAAGAAGAUCGUCUUGAAAGACUACAGAUUCAGCUAGAGGAUGCCAAAAAAGCUAGGGAAGAAAUGUAUGAAAAAUAUGUUGCAUCCAGAGACCACCAUAAAGCAGAAUAUGAAAAGAGACUCCAUGAAGAGUUGGAACAAAUAAGGUUGAAAACAAAUCAAGAAAUUGAGCAACUGAGAAGCACCUCAAAAGAAAUGUAUGAACGUGAAAACAGAAAUUUGAGAGAAGCAAGAGAUAAUGCUGUUGCUGAAAAAGAGAGAGCAGUUACUGCUGAAAAGGAUUCUUUAAGAAAAUACGAUCAACUCUUAGAACAGUAUAGACAAAUGCAGCUUGGCACAGAAAGCAAAGUAGCUGAACUGCUUCACCAAAGUAAGUUAAAGUCCUUUGAAACUGAGCAUGUUCAACUCAUGCAACAAGAAACAGCUAAGAAUCUUUCACAGUGCCAAAUGGAAUGUGAGAAAUACCAGAGAAAGCUGGAGGUGCUUACAAAGGAAUUUUAUAGUCUUCAGUCUUCUAGUGAAACCCGCAUUAUUGAGCUUCAAACACAGAAUUCUGAGUUUCAAGCAAGACUAGAUACUUAUGAAAAACUUGAAAAAGAGCUUGAUGAGAUAAUACUGCAGACAGCAGAAAUGGAAGAUGAAGCUGAAGCUGAAAGGGUUCUCUUCUCAUAUGGUUAUGGUGCUAAUAUUCCUACAACAGCCAAAAGACGACUAAAGCAAAGUGUUCACUUGGCAAGAAGAUUACUGCAGCUAGAAAAGCAAAACUCAUUGCUUGUAAAAGAUCUGGAACAUCAGAAGGAGCAAGUAACACAGAUUUCACAAGAGCUUGACAGAGCAAAUUCUUUGUUGAACCAAGCACAACAGCCAUACAAAUACCUCAUUGAAACUGUACAACAGAGAGAUUCUCAAAUAAGUCUACAGAAAGAACAUAUUACACAACUUGAAAAAGAUGUCAGUCUUUUAAAUAAAGAAAAGACAGCUUUGCUGCGUGUCAAGAAUCAAAUGGCAGCAGAUUUGGAGAGACUUCUAAAUGACCGUGAGUGUUUGGCAAUUGCAAGCAUUUAACAAGAAUCUGAAGGCAAUGAAAUUGAUACCCAUGUAAUCUGCAAGGUCUACAUGUGCCACAGUAUGCCUCAGGAUCGCUCUGUGCUCCCCAAUCUUUGUAGCCAAACAUGAGACCAAUGCAUUGUUCAAUUCAUUUCCCAUACACCCUUCUGAAUUCCUUUUCAACUCCAAAAUAGGGGUUAGGGAGAGGAAACAAGACAAUAGUUACACAGGUUUCUGAGAAGGGUCGGUGUACUUUUUUAUGUACUUACCAAGAGUUUCAUCGGAGUAAGAAUCAGGGUGCUACUGGGCUGGAAUAGACUCUCAGAUCUAAAAGUAUGUAAAAUUGUGCCAUUUAGGGAACUCUAAAGGCUCUUGUCAAGAUUUUUAUCUAAACAGUCUUAAGAGACUAAUAUGUUAUGGCGUAUGAGAGAAAAUCUGCUUAAAUGUCUGAAACAAAGGAUGAAAAUAAAUGAAGUUUACUGUAGGAAUCUGAGAAUAUGAAUAACAUCACAGAAUUUUCUGAAGCUAAAGAAUACUGAAGAUAUAAAACCAAAAGCUGACCUAAACAGCUAUUAAAUCUUCUCCCAGAUCUGCUGAAUGAUUUGGCAAGGAUUUUCAGAGAAAAUACAACAUUAAGAAAUCAGGAAUUGUGAAUAUGAGGAAAAACAGUGCAAAUUAUAGAUACAGAAUGAUGGGACCUAGCUGCUCACUCACCUGUUCAGAAAGCGAUCAUAGAGGUCUAUCAGUAGUUCUCUGACAUCUUUCUUUCUCUUACUGGUAAGAGAAAAGAUGGAGAGAUUUCUUUCAAGGAAGCUACAACUCCCCUAAAUUGUGCUCUUGGAGAUUGGCUUGUCACUCAUUUUAAUACAUUAUAUUCAUGGAAAACUGACUGUCCACCUCCUGAAGUCUCAGUCCACCUCUAAAAUUGUUUUCCCUCAUUUCCUUUCCAUGCUAUACAUCACAUUCCCUUCUAAGAUCAGUAGACCAAAGUCCAUGUCAUUAAUUGGUCCAAACUAAUUUCUCUUCCGAGCACUUUAAAAACUCCUUUUUGUUAGAACCAAAAGAGUUUCACUGACAGCAGAGUCCAAGUGAGCUUCAACUUAAAUGAAAACUACUUACUGUGUUUGCUGAGUUCCAAACCAAACUAAUCUGUGAUUUAAACAUUUCUAGAUAGUUUAUAAACUUACCAUUAUAUUCAUCCUUUAUCAUACCCUUAUGUUAAUGAUAUGAAAAAUACUCUGAGGAAACAUGACAUAAUUGUAUAAAUGUAGGGUUUUUUCCAAUAUGAGAGGCCCUUGGCCUAAUUUCAAAUUAAUUUCUUUCAAAAUUUCCUGUUCCUACUCUUUCUUUCCCAAGCAGGGGUGCUGCCAACUAGCUAUGCCUGCGAAGUAGUCACACCUUGGGCACCUAGUUUUAUUAGUUCCGUAUCAAUGAGCAUGCAUUGCAGCCAAUUAAAAACAGUAAAAAGUGAAAAGUAAAAUUUUGCCGUGUUUUCUAAGAAAAUUACAACAUUUCUAACUUAAAGUUAUGCAACAUUGUUUCCACUACAAAAUCCACACUGUAUUAGCCCCUGUAAGUACCCUUAUAAAAUGCAGCAAUUUGUUCCUUUAUUUCAUUUCACCAUUUCAAUCAUUUCACCAUUUCAAAUUUUAAACUGUGUCAAACCAUUAAGAAAGGCUGGCGGAGGAAGUCUUGAUUGAAAAAGAGAAGUAAGUACUUGAGCCUGAAACAGACUUCUUUGAUGUUCUUCAUACCUUAAAUGUUAAGAAAUUGAGCAAAUAUUUCCAAAAUUAGUACUGUUUUCUCAAAUUUCUUUUUGCAUCUGUUAAAAAUAGGACAUAUUAGUCAUACUUGUUUUGUCAAAAAGUGAUAAUGUUUUUUAAAGAUACCUCUGCAGAAAAGGAUAUAAAUAGUGAAAAAGAAACAUUAGAAGUUACAUGUGUGAUAGAAGAAAACUAUGAAAUGCCAGUACAACGCACAGAAAAAAAUCACCUAAGGAACAAAAUAUAAGCUAAAAUUGUUUCAGGAAAAUGUUGGAAAAGAAAAAGUGGCUUUUGUGUUUGUGUGUAGGUUUAACUUUUGUCACUUCUGUUUAUUCCUAAUGCAGCCUUUUAUUUUUUACUUCUAAUGCAAACUUCUUCCAGUAGUUUUACACUUUCUGAUUUUCUCUAAAAUGCAGUUACCUCAGGUAUUGAAAUCUUUGUACAGGAUAGUGAAUUAGUCUUUGACUAUUACUUUUUUGCCAUCUUAAUGAAAGAUUUAAAUUUGCAGUAACAUCACAAUUUUCCAGUAAUUAUCCUUGCUGACAGACAUAAGGAAUACAAAUUUUCUCACUUUGAGUUAGUAGAGAGUUAACCACAUUUAAACAGUUUGCGAUUUU